AUGGGUCGCAAUGACUCAAAUGAACGGGUAGUCAAACCCAAGAAAGAAAAAAAGGCAAAAAUCCCCAAAGAACAACGCGCUCGCAAGAUCAAACUCCCCAAAGAUAAAGAUCCAAACCGCACCGACAAACCGGAAGUUCCUUUGAUGAAUAGAUCUGUCCAUGCGAAAUGGGGCGCACUUUUUCGCAAACAUUUGGGUGUGCUAGAGGCUCAUUGUAAGGCGUUGGAUAGGGUUCAACAGGCUAUGAAGAGUGAGAUGAAUAAUUUGAGUAAGGAGGAGAAGAGGGAAUGGGAAUUGAAUGAGGAGGGGCCUUGGAGAAUUCUUUGUGGUUUGUUGGAUAGAGGAAGGGAUACGCUUGUUAGUGGGAGGACGAUGGCGAGGUUUGUUUUACCAGCUCGUUUGAUUAAGGAUAAAAAGGGUUUGGGUGUUCGCGGCACAACUUAUGAACCUCUUGUACCACAACUCGAUGCUCGUCUAGCUGCGGAGAAAAACGGUACUACUAAAAAUGACGAUAGUAGCGAUAGCGAUAGCUCAGAUUCCUCAGAUUCCUCAGAUUCUGAUUCAGAUUCCGACUCAGCAGAAGAUACUGGAUAUGAAGAUGAAGAUGUGGAAAUGGAAGAUGCGCCAGCUCCCGAAUCCAAAAAUACUACCACAACCAAUGCGCCAGCUGCGGUGGAACCAAGUCCUCAUUUUUUCGUCGAUACCAUGCCAACUCCGGUCACUGAAUUAAAUAAGAAGGAUAAGAAGGAUAAAAAGAGAAAGACUGAGGAGGCUCCUGGUGGGAAGAAAAGUAAGAAAGAUAAGAAGGCUGAGGAGGAAAAGCAAAUUGAGGAAGAGGUCAAUUUCCAAGCUAUGGAGGCACAAUUACAAGCGGAGGUUGAAGCUGAUAUGAAGGCACAGGAGGAAAAGGCUCAGAAUGCUGAGGAGAGGAAAGAAAAGAAGAGGAAGAGAGAGAGUUUGGGAGAGGGAAAUGAGGAAAAGAAAGUGAAGAAGGAUAAGAAAUCUAAGAAGGUUGACGAGGAGGACGUGAAGGAAGAUGUGAAGGAAGACGAAGAUGUUGAGGUAGAGCCUAAAAAGGAGAAAAAGUCAAAGAAAGACAAGAAGAGGAAAGUAGAUGAUGCAGCAGCUGAAGAUGAACAAAUCGAUGGAAAAAAGAAGAAGAAAUCGAAAUGA